AAUCAAUGUCAAGGUACCUCGCAAGGUACUGUCAACCAAGUGGAGUAAUCAGCAUCCAUUUCGACGGAAUAGACGAAUUAAGGAGCUGUAGAAUAUUGCGACAUGGUUGCAGGUUGCAGAUUUCUCAAUCCUUCAACACAUUUACAAGAAAAGUAAUAAUUCUAUAAAGAUGGACUUCGAAAGCCCUGAUGUUGAAAAAGAUUUUCCCGGCUUGUACGCUUCGGAAUCCGGAAGAAAGAGCAACGAAAGCGACUUUAGUGACGAUGGACACGAUAGGCCAUCCAAGAAAGAACUUCUCAUUGGCAAACGUAAAGACAAAAAAGACAAAAAGGAUCGUGGAUAUGCUACACUAGAGGGUGAAAGCUCCCCGGAAGAAGAAAUCGAAACCAAGAGUCCGUCAAAGUCAAAAAAAUCUAAAACAUUCAAGUUCCCAUCUAAGAAGGAAAAGCGAGAGAAAUCCAGAGAAAAGGAUGGUAAGGAAAAGGAAACAGAUAAAGAAAGAGAGAGGAAAAAAAAAGAUAGAGACGACAGGGAUAUGGAUAAAGAAAAACGUAAAGAUAAAGAUAAGGAGAAAUCCAAGCAAAAGUUGAAGGAUCGCAAAAAAGGAAAACACGGGGAAGAAAUUGUUGACAUUGGUGAGGAACAACCAAUCUUUGGCGUUGCUCUGCAGGUGGCUGUGGAAAGAGGACGUUGUCAUGACGGAGUCGAGCUUCCAUUGGUUGUAAGAAAUUGCAUCGAUUACAUUGAAGAAUAUGGUAUGACUGUGGACGGACUAUACAAAGUUUCAGCAGUAAAAUCUAAGGUCCAACAUUUACGAAAACUUUACAAUCAACGAGAAGUGGUAGACAUGUCAGAGUUUGAUCCUAUGGUGGCUACAAGUCUGUUGAUACUAUUUCUCAGAGAGUUGCCUGAACCAAUACUUCAAAAUGACGAAGUUGUAUCUCGAUUUGAACAGGCAGCUUCAUUGAAGGAAGUUGCUUUGAGAGAAACGCAGCUAAUUGAUCUGAUAAGUCAACUACCCAAGUGUAACAAGACUCUUUUGGCAUGGGUGAUCUUGCAUUUAGAUCACCUCACUGCGCAUGAAAAAACUACCAAAAUGAACGCCCAGUCUAUUGCAAUGACACUGAGUCCAGUUUUACAAAUGAGCCAUCGACUACUCUUGGCAUUGCUUUUACAUUGCAAGGCAUUAUUUGCAAAUGUUGAAUUAACCAAAUAUAUUCCACCAUUGGCCUCUGGUAGUCCAAACUUGCCGGACACCGUGGAUGCCAUAGCUGCCGAGUUGGCCAAACAAGAAUCGUUAUUGUCUCAAAUUCAUAUGCAAAUGAACGCAGGAUUUGUUACCAAAUUGAGAGAAGAACAAUUGUGGGAAGUGCAGCGUCUUAUAACACAGCUCAAGAGAAAAUACAAAACCGUGCAAAAACUGGAGGGAUCAGCACAGAAAAGUUUGGAAGAAGAUUUGAAAUUAGGUGACGAGGGUAAUGUUGAUAUCAGUUUGCAUAAAGCUAAGCUCGUGCCUGAUGAAGAUAAUAGUUACAUCAAAAGUGAUUAUCAGCCAUUGCCUAUGGCUGUUGUAAUCCGUAACCAAAGUUGUUCUCAAAGUAUCGAUGAGUCAAACGACCAAUGUGACACACCUGAAGUGAAUGAGAAAUUAGGAAUGCUCCCUGCAAGUAAACAUGUUUCGCAAACUAAAUGCAUCCAAGAAAAACUGGAUUGCACCAGUACUGAACUAACACCAGACGAAAUAAUUAAUGAAAAUAGUGGGGAAACUUUGCAAAUUUUGAAAGCUCGACAGAUAUCUCUCGAUAAUGACGAGGAACUGAGAGAACGGCUGAUCUAUGGCGAAUUAUUGGCAAUGCAGGCAUCACUAGGAUCGCGUAUUGCCGAAGAGCGAGGUGAAGUAAAACGAUUGGCUGAGCUUUUGAUGAAUAAAGACAAUGAAAGAAGUAAGCCGAUAGACAUUCCCCAUACCCCUGAGGAAGCUGAAAGGGUUGCAACAAUUGAACUUGUUCUGGAAAAUCAGAUGCUGGAGAAAAAAAAGGCCACACUUGUAAGAACUAUUAUUGAAGAAAAUAUGGCUUGCGUUGAAUUACGUGCACAGUUCGUGAUACAACAACUUUUUCAUCAAAACUGUACACUUGCUGCAAAACAAAUUUAAUCAUUUCUAAGGUUCUGGUCUAGAUUAAGAAAAUGCAGAAAGUGACUUGUUUUAGUAUAUUAGCAAGCUAGAUGGCUCCUCCAAUUGGGAGAUACUUUGAGAAAAAUGAAAAUUAACUUUAACAAAAUGUCAAGAUGGUAGUGUAUUGUAAUUAUAGACUGUUGAAGAGAAAAUUAAUAUUUUGACAU